CAAUAGGAAUCCAGAGGCUGCCUGCAAGUGGUCUAAUCUCAAUGAGGUGUCAAUCAUGUUCCCUGGUGGGUGAAGUAAGGUCUUUUGUAACCGCCUCUGUCUUUGGGAAAAGAGAAGAGAGGAGAAAGACUUCAGCAGAGAGAGAAACGCAGGACCGUGCUGCAGAAGGGGAACCGAGAUUUGAUUUUGAUUUUGCUUUAGCACAGGAGGGGGGAAAGUGGAGCACAUGGAUUUCUAAAGAGCGCUGGGAUUUUAUUAACGCCCCCCCCCCACUGGAAACAGUCAAAUGAAUCGUAAUUGCAGAUCAAUGCAGAGAAAUGGGGAAACUUCACUCGAAACAUGCUGCCGUUUGUAAACCCAGAGAAAGUCCAGAAGGUGAUAGUUUUGCCGUGAACGCCUCGCUGGCUCGGAAAGGGCUCGAGGACUGGAUGGUGAAACAGAAAUACUUCGGCGGCAGCGGCAGCAGCAGCGGGGGCAGCGGCACGGGACUCCUGCACGGCUGCCAGCACCGGGCUGUUUGCAGGCUUGCCAGCACCAGGGAUCCAUCUGGUGAAGAUUACCGAGAGACAGUUGGUGAUGAACACUUUCGUCUAGAAGUGGCUUUGCCUCCAGAGAAGACAGAUGGAGUUUGCAGUGGAGAUGAAAAGAAGGCUGAGAGAGAAAGUGAUGCACGUAUAAGUUCCAGAAAACAACUAAAAUUUGAAGAAUUGCAAUGUGAUGUGUCUGUAGAGGAAGAUAACAGGCAAGAGUGGACCUUCACACUGUAUGACUUUGAUAACAACGGAAGAGUCACACGGGAGGACAUUACAAGCUUGCUUCAUACCAUCUAUGAAGUAGUUGAUGCAUCAGUAAACCACUCCCCUAGUUCCAGUAAAACUCUGCGAGUGAAGCUUACUGUGGCACCUGACGGCAGUCAGAAGAAGAAGAGUAUUUUACUAAACCCUGCUGACUUGCAGAGCUCUGGGCAAAGAGCUGAGAGCAAAGCCAGUGAAGAACUGAAAAGCUCUGAAAAGAAGCAGCGGGCUUCUCUCAGAUAUCACCACAGUGACAACAAUCCUGAGCAGAGUGGGUGCUAUCGGCAUUGCGUUGAUGAGAACAUUGAAAGGAGAAACCACUAUUUGGAUCUUGCAGGAAUAGAAAACUAUACAUCGAAAUUUGGACCAGGAUCACCUCCAGCAGCCCCGAAGUAUGACCCACCAAACAGAGUUGUGAAUCAGACGAGAUCCCGCUCUCAUGAACCUGAAACCUUCCAUGCCCAUUAUAGGAAAUCUCAAGUGGUGGACCCCAGCCACAUCAAUUUGGCUGAUGCCUCAUAUGCCAAGAUUGCAGAAUUACAACAAAGGCUGCGCAAUCAGGACUCAAACAAGCACUUUGUAAGGUCUCCCAAGGUCCAGAGCAAAAACGUAGCCUCUGUUCACCCUGGAAGGGCAGUAAGGAAUAAACCUCUUCAAGGGGCAUCCAUGCCAAUGGCUUCCCCCACUGCACGGAUGGGCCAGAAUCUUCCUUACCUCCCCAUGCAGUCCCAGCAGGCUCACAAGAAACACAAGCAAAGGGCAAAGGAGAAUCAUCAAAUGUGUAAAACCUUCCAUUCUCCAGGGACAGUUAUGGAGAAAGAGCAUGUCAGAGACCUGCCCACUGUUAUUUUGUAUGAAGGCCAAGUUGGACAAAUGAUCCAGAGACAUGAACACCAUCACCACCACGAGCAUCACCACCACUAUCAUCACUUCUACCAGACAUAAGACAGGUCCCAUCUAACACCCUCCAGAUAUCCCCCAUAUGAAGGAAACGCCUUCCUGUGACUUCAGACUAAGGCAUUAGUAUGAUUAAUAUUGUUACUCCAUUAAUAUUCAGCUAUCAUAUAUUUUAGAAAUUAUAUGAAACCAUUGAAACUUACACUAUUUAUAUGUUGUGAAACUGCAUAGCUUACUUAACAACUUGUUGAUUAUUUGGAUUUAAGCGGCUUGUAAAACAGCCAUAGUUUUUGAGCUGUGAUUUAAUGCAGGUCAUCAACGCACUUCCUUUACAAGUACUUCCUUCAUUGUAUUAGAAAAAGAUACUUCAAUCAACAUUGCAGAUAUCUAGCUUACCCAUCUGCCAUAUGUCGGCUUCUUGCACUCAAGCCUUUUUAUCAGGGGAGCAAUGUUCGAAGGUUUGGACUCCAGAAAUACUUAGAAUAACAGAAAAUACAAACAGCUGCUACCUCUAGUAUUAUUCAAAUUUUAUUUUCUUUUUAUUGAUUGUAAUGCGCUAUGAGGGGAUUUUAAUAUACUGCAUUCAUGUAGCCUGUUUGUUGUACUUUCACAUCUUUUUAAGCUAUCUUAAUAAUUACAAGGAAAUACUAGCUAUAUUUGUCAACAGAGCUAUAUUUUACAACUUACACUUUUUUCCCCUUCAGGUUUCUUUACUGGCUCAAGUACAGGCUGUUAGAUAUUGGGUAGUAUUUAAAUAUAGCUCCCUUUUAUUUACUUUCCAUUCUUUGCUUGGAGACCAUCUGAGAGCAAAAACAAGAGGUGGAUGUAAAAUGAGGUUUUUCAAAACCAUCACUAAACCUUAAUGUUUGUGCCAUUAACUAACAUUCAUUGGUUUUGUUAUGUUUUGAAUCCACAAGUCUUUGUUUUGAGAAAGAAUUAGAGGAAAGUAUGCUUUCUCACUUUAAAUGUUGGCGCAUAUAUAUACAUAUACGCGCUCUCUCUCUCUCUCUCUCUGUCUCUCAGGUACAUAUUCUUGUGUUUUAGAAAUCUGUGGUUUGAAUAUUAACAUUUUUUUCUUACAACAGCAACUUUUUGGGAAUGUUAUAAAACACAUGCCCAUGGCAUUUUCUUGGGUGCCUGUAAUUUGUGUUUCCCCAGGACCUAUAGUUUCAAUCUGCUCCUUUUUUUAAAGACAAUUCAACAUGUAAAGAACACUGCUCACAGUCAUUCUGGCCUCUACCACUCUUUUUAUAUCAAAGGGCUUCCAUUCCACAAAGUAAAAUGAGGCAAGACCUAUGAGACCAUUAUUGGCUGCUGAGACAUUUAAAGGUCAAAUACAAAUGGGGAAAAGUGUGAUUGAAAAAGUCAGUAAAUCCGAGUUUUGCUUUCUGAAAGGCUCAGAUCUGUAGUACGUUUGUACAGUGCAGGCAAAAGUGACUACAUAGCAAAUGCUCUAUUGCUUUUAGAACUAAAAAGUAGAGUUCUGAUCACAUAAAAAUGUAAUGUUCUAUCAGACAUACUUUUGGUUUUAGUUUCUUUUAAUUAUUUGUGUUUUUUUGUCUACAGUGUAUCAUGUGAAAUGUUAUUAUCCCACAUUUUUUAAGAGUCCUUUAUGACUAGGUCAUGUUUGGUUGCAACUACAGUCUUGAUCAGUUCAAGAUGGGAAAUUUCCCUACUGCUGAGCAUUAAAACUUUUAGAAGGCUACUGUCCUAUAGAAGGACAUAGAGAUAUCAACAUUUACAGAAAACAAAGAUGAAAGCCUUGCCUUCUUGUGGAGUUGGAGAUGAAUCACUGCUUGUUGGUUAUUAAUUCCAUCUCAUGUCUCCCAAAUUCAGCAGUUGUUUAGGCUUAUUGUCCCUUUUAAAAACCUGGUUUAUUUUCAUUUCUUUUUUAGAUGUUGACCUUGUGUUCUGUUAAAUCUAGCAAAAUGUUUUAAAGUGUGUUUGAUCUGUGUGACAACUAUACUGUUCUGUUUAUUUUUUAAAUUCCUAAGUCCAAAAAUAUUUAUAUGCAGAAUUUUCUGUAUUGAAAAUAUGAAAAGGCCACAAAUUUGGUUAGUUACCACUGAGUUGUUCUAGUCUAAGCCUAUGUUGCUGCUUGUGUAUCUUUCUUUUUCAAUGUAUAUAUAAUAUGGACUGCAAAAAAAGACAUUUAUAUGUCUCGUAGAAGGAAUAAGCUUAUUUAUAUUAUAGUGUUAACGAAGUCUGAUGUAUUCAAGUGACUUAUGUUUUACUGCAUGCAAACACACAAGUGUACAUUCCAUCUGAAAAGGGAUGCCAUGUUAUCUGUUCCUGAGGCGUAAGUGAUGCUGUUCUCUUUUUAGCAGAGUAUUUACCAGCAUUCUGCAAUAUUAACAAAAGGAAAAUAAUUGAUUUUUUUUUUGAAAAUUCACAGGUGGCCAAAAAAUUUGAAACCUAGAAUAAUUCAGUAUGUUUCAUUGGGGGGAGGAGCUUGGGAGAGGGAGGAAUGUAGGAUGGACAAUAAUUGUUCUAAAGCCCAAAGAUAUUUUGCCAGAAAAGAUAACAGCAGUUCUAACAAACUCGCAUCUAAUUUAAACGUGUCCAAAGUUAAUACAAUGCAAGUGGGUUCCUAUAAAAGGAAAUCACAAUUGACCAUAAGCUACAACUUUUAACUUGAUUUAUUUUUUGAUAUCCAAAAGACCUUGCUUGUAUUCAGUGAAGUACAAAUUAAUUUUAAUAACAUGGCAUCCUCACACUAACAAACUUGCACCAGCCACGUAUAAACAUACAGUAGUUAAAUACUGUGUUGCAUUUGUGUUACGUGCAUUAAGUGUGAAUAAUUGAUCAUGUAGCACAGUUUUUUUCACAGAACCCUAAGUUUCCGUAUCUUUUAAAAAUGUUUGCUUUUCAGUAUUUUGUAUAGUAAAUAUAGAUGGUUUUGACUAAAUGCUUUAUUUAUUUAAUAGCAAAAACUGUGCCAAGAGAAACUCCUGUUAAUUAAAGUUUUACUAGUUCAGAAAAUAACUUUCUGGUUUUCUUGUUGUGGAUUUCAGUGGCAUAUUGUAUGCCCAAAAAUAUGUAGGGACAAAAUAUUAGAAAGAUCAAGGCACAAAAUAAGAUCAGAGACAGAGAAAGGUUAACAAGAAACCAUUCUACAUAUGUGCUAGAAGAAAGAGGAAGACCAAGCACAGAGUAGGACUGUUACUUAAUUGGGGGGAGAGGUUGAAAAAUAAUAGAAAAUGUAGAAACGGCAGAAGUGCUUAAUGACGUCUCUGUUUCGGUUUUCACCAAGAAGGUUGGUGGUGUUUGGAUGUCUAGCAUAGUGAAUGCCAGGGAAAAUGAGGUAGGAUCAGAGAUUAAAAUAGGAAAAAGAAAAAGUUAAAAAUUACUUAGACAAAUUAGAUGUCUUCA